AUGGAAUUCUUUUCACCGUUCAAUGUUGUCCAAGCUUUACGUCUGGAAAAAGAUACCGGUGCUGCUCUUGUAGAAGAAAUAGAAUGCAGCACACCAAACGUCGCGUACUACGCAGAUCACUUCAACUAUCAAAUGUUCAGUGGUACAGCUGCCACUGCAAAUGGAUUGAAGAAUAAGUCUGCCUUAUUUGCACGCCCCGGCCUGGUCGUCCGACAACUAGUCUAUAAGCUUCGUUCGAUCAAUUGGAAUUCUGCUAAGCAGCAGCUAUUCAGCAAGCAAAACUCCGUAAUUCAUUGCGUCCUAAGAUGCGUGGUUAUCUUACUCUUUAUCCUUGUUCUCACCGUGUUAUUCGUUGACCGAAAAAAUAUUAGUUACGACCGCUGGCUCCGCAGUCAUCAGUGUCAGUCCCACCGCUGUCUCAAAGCAGCUGGCUUGUUACGUGAAAAAAUGAAUACCUCGGUUUCGCCGUGUGACAACUUCUAUCGGUACGCAUGUGGGCUUCAUUUCCGGCCACACCAACCGACCACUGAGCCGGAUACACCAACUGCUCAAGGAAGCCAAGCCUACCAAUUAGGCUUCAAACAGGGAUCAGUAAUGCAUUUGAACAAGGAAAAAGCGGGUCGGCUUUUGCGAGUUCACCGACCAGCCAUAGAUCACUUGACUCAGAUUAACAUACAUGCAAUUAUUUCUGGUCUUGACCACAUUUAUUCUACUCAGUAUACGAAACGAGGUUCAGCGAAAUUCAAGGUUGCCCAGUGGUACCAAUCUUGCACGCAUCGGACAAUGAGGGACUGGCUUGGAACGCGCUCGUUCAUUUCCACCGUCGCGCCAGCCAUUGGCGGAAUCUGGAUUUUGGAUAAGAAUGCAACGAAUGAAACCGGGGCAAGCGGAAACACAAAUAGCACAGUGAAAUGGCCAAACCGAAUGUUUCAGCGCUACGAUAUCUCCACAAACAUACCAAUGAAACCGGACUGGUCAUGGAUGAACGCAACCAAAAAAUUACAGACGAUUCUUCACGUGCCAGUUUUUGUCGACUUUAAUGUACAAGCUACUCCGGGAUCGCAGCCGCAAGUUUUUUUUGUCCCAGAUGGCGCUUCAUGGAUGACUGCAGGCUACUUUUCUUAU